AUGAUGUCCUUGGAUUCUGAGAUGGAGUCUCAGGGAGAUCUCAGCUCGCUGAGCAGUGGGUCACGAAACCAGCGAAGCCUCGCUUCAUCAGCAGAGGAACAAUGCCAGGACCCAUCAGCAGUCAAGGUCCCUGAGCCCCAGUCGCCAAGUUCCUGCCUGGGGUCACAUGCUACAGCUGUCAUGUCUGGAUCUCCAAAGCCUUGCCAGCUUGAGGAAGCCCCUGAAGACCAAAAUGCUGUAGAAGAGGUUUCUGCUGCUGGAAUGCUGGAUCCUCCUCAGUGUCCUGAGGGAAGCUCCUCACUCCUGUCCCCCAGGGUCAACAGCUCCUUGAAUCACUUCUUUGAGAUCUCCAGCAGUGAACAGUGGGACUAUUUAUUCCCCUCAGAGAGCGAGUCAGACACUGACUCCUUGGAUAGUGAUGGUGUGGAUGCCAGGCUGGCUGCAUUACUGCAGUUCCUGGCCUUGAAGUAUCUAAGGGAGGAGCCAACCACCAUGUUAGAAAUGGAGGCAGUAGUCACUGGAGAUUAUGAGGAGUAUUUCCCUGUGAUCUUUAAGGAGGCCUCUCAGUGUAUGGAGAUGGUCUUUGGCAUUGAGGUAAAGAAAUUGCGACCUUCUAGCCCCUUCUAUUUUCUGGUCCCUGUCCUGGGCCUCACAUAUGAUGGGAUGCGGAGCAAUAACAAGGGGUACCCCAGGAUCAUUUUUAUGAUACUUAUCCUGGGGAUCAUCCAAGCUCAUGAUGACCGUGUCAAGGAGGAGGUAGUCUGGAAAGUGCUGGCUGAGUUAGGGGUGUAUCCUGGAAAGGAACAUGUCAUCUAUGGAGAGCCCCGGGAAUUCCUCACCGAGGAUUUGGUGCAGGAACGGUACAUCACUUGCAUAGAGGUGCCCAACAGCAAUCCUCUUCAGUACGAGCUGUUGUGGGGUCCAAGGGCCUUAGAGGAAACCAGCAAGAUGGAUGUAGUACAGUUUUUGAUCAGGCUUAGAGCUACCAUCCUCAGAGCCUUUCCUAUAGGUGAGGAUUUGGAAGAUGAAGAUGAAGAAGAGAAAGACAAAGAGGAAGCGGAAGGGGCCUUAGAGGAGCGAUGA